AUGUUUGCCGGCAAAGACUUUUUAACUAUGCAGCCUCCGCCGGGCUAUAAAGCCGGGAUUGGUCGAGGUGCAACCGGGUUCACCACUCGGGCAGACGCACCGCUGACGGCGGCAGAAAUACAGCUUCCAAAUGAUCCAGAUAGGUAUCGAGAUCCAGACGAAACAGGGAUUUUGGGCGGUACCAAGCUCGCCAAGGAUGACCAAGAGGCGGUAAAAGAGUAUAUGAAGUUGAACGAGAAGCUCAGUCACAAGCGCAAGGUCAUUAAAGAGCAGGUGGACGAACCUGAUCCGGUUAAGGAGGAGCUCGCAACGGUUUCUUUGGACGAAUGGGCUAAUUUGCCCGAAGCAACUGACCUGACUCGCAGAAAUAAGCGUUUGAGACAGGAGGAAGAUAUGCAAAAACGCUGGUACACCGCCCCGGAUUCGGUUGCGCAGACCAGUUCUGCGUUCGAUAACUCAAUUGAGGUCGAUGAAGAGAAAUUGCAGGCCAAGGAUCAAGCGCUGAGUGCCAGACUUGAUUUGGUAUUCAAGCCACGGAAGGCAGAGCAGUCUUUAGCCCCUCAAGGUGCUGAACGCAAGAGAACGUUGUUGGAAACUAUGAUCAAGACCCAACCAAACAACCCGCAGGGCUAUAUUGGGCUUGCAAGAAUAGAGGCACAGUUGUCGCAACCCAAAAAAGCUCGUAUAGCCAUUCAAAAGGGAAUGAAGCAUUGUCCAGGAGUGCCAGAGAUUUGGCUUGAGGCACUGAAGUUUCAUAGCGGUGCGGACACUUUGGCAAUUGCCCAAAAGGCUGUCGAUAACGUCCCAAAAAGCCCAGAAGUUUGGAGAGCGGUAAUUGACUUGCAGUAUACGGACGAAGACAAGUUGAAUUAUGUCCAUCAGGCAUUGGAGCAUCUGUCUGACAAUUCAGCAUUAUGGGAACUUGCAAUUGAUCUUGAAAGUCCGCAAGACAGAAAAGACGUUAUAGGUAUUGCCCUCGAACUUGCCCCCAGUCCAAGCCUUUAUUUGAAAGCUGCAGAGUACGAUAAAGCCGUUCUAGAUGCUGCCGUGAAAAAGUAUCCUGACAACAAAACCCUCUGGCUUGCGAAGAUAAAAAAGGGUGGUUCAAUAAAGGAUGCAAUUCGCUCAACAGGUCCCGACGGCUGGAUUGAUGUUGCUCUGACCUGUGAUGAUAGCCCGACAUUGACAAAGAUUGUAGAUGCGCUUGAUUUGACGGAAGAGGACUUCAAUCGGCUUUGUGAGGCCGGGAACUACUCUGCCGCCAAAUUGGUUGCUCAGAAAAUACCCAAAACAGUUCAGCUGUACACAAAAUAUGCAGCAUUCGACGCGGACAUUCUGCAGGAGGCAGUUGAGAGAUACGCCGACAGCGAGGAAAUACAGCUCGAGUACGCAAAACGCUUUCCUGAACAGGCCGCGCAGAAGUUCAGUUCAGAAAACGUCUUGGUUAAUAUCGGUGAGCAUUUCCUCGACAGCUGCCAAAUUGAUACCGCGUUGACUGUCCUGUCACGCACCGUAUCUGAUGAGGGCCAAAGCUUGUAUGUGGAUGCAUUAAUUAGAGCCGGUAAACCGGUAGACAAGGUUAUUGAGCAAGCCUUGGCAAAUCACCCCUUUUCUGAAAAACUGUUCCUACAACAAGCCAGAAUAUUCAAGAACGCGGAUAUGUUAGCCGCCGCUACUGUCAAGCUGCCCAAAAGCGAGCACUUGUGGGUAGAGUAUGCGACACAUUUGCCGGAUGUUCGAGCUCGUGCAGUUCUUUUAUCAGCUCAAUCACAGUGCCCGAAAAGCGCAGCUCUUUGGCUGGCUCGAAUUCGACUGGAGAAGAAAAGUGGCCGUAAUGUGGAUUAUUUAUUAACUAAAGCCCUUCAAGAGUGUCCGCAAGACGGGGGGUUAUGGGCGGAAAAGCUAGUUCUGACACCAAGAAUUCAAAGAAACAAACAGAUUGCUACAGCUGUGAAAGCUUCAAACAAUAGCCCGGCCGUGCUAACCGCGGCCGGGCUCCACCUAUGGACUACUGGCAAAGACAGUGUCGCCAAAUGGUUCGAAGCGGCCAUCAAAAACGACCCGCAGUACGGCGAUGCUUAUAUGUGGCUUUAUGCAUACGGCCAAAAAGAAGCUCUGGAUAAGUUUUUGGUUGCCAAGCCGCGGAAGGGAGAGCUAUGGGGCCCAACCUUUUCACAAAACCGAGGAUUCCCGUUGAAAGACGUUUUCAUUACAGCUACAAGCACGCUACACAACCCAUUUUAA